AUGCUUCCGCGUUUACCACAAAUCACUCGUUCAGUUACCAGAUCAACCCUUUUUCGAAAUUUACCUGUCUUAUCCCAGAGUUUUCCAAUAGCUAGAGGGCAAAUAGUUCGAUACCAACAUGCUAAAAAUCCGCCAAAAGUUAGUUUAGAAGAUCCUCAAGCUGGGGAUUACCCAAACUUACCUGUUGAAUUUAAAUUGGAUAGACCACCUCUAGGGUGGCAAGAUCAACAAAAUAGGAGAAAUUUUGGUGAACCGAUUCAUGAGGAAGAAGAAGUCUUAACUGUAUGGUCGUUUGAUAGAUAUGAUAUUGAUAUGGGGGAUGCUGCAAUGCAGCUUUUAACUUUCUUUGCUCUUAUCGGGGUUUACAUGUUUGCGAUCAAACAAUCCGAUCACGAAUCACCCGCAAUAAAAAAACAAUAUCCAUACGAUGAUUUAAGUGUUGAAUUGGGUGUUGAUAGAAAACGGUUAUUAGUAAUGCUGUGA